AGUGGUAAAGAUGCCUCUAGCUGCCACUCACACCAGCCACCAUUAACAGAUAGCAAAGCAAAAUGAUGCUAUUCAGUACCCAUUCACUCCUUUGGCAUUCUAAUCUUGUCUUUCUUUGCUUCUACUCUCUUUUCUUCUUUCAUCAUUUCAAAUUCAUUCUGUGAUUUUUUUUUCUUGUUCAAUUGUAAGGAGCAGAGGGGAUUUAAUCUUCUUUGUGGUCUUUUCUAGUUUGUUUUCUUGGAAAAUUGGUACCCAUUUGAGAGAAGGAUCUAAUGGAACGCGGGUCGAGAUCAGAAACCCUAGACCAGGCUGGGAAGCAGAAGGGUGGUCAGAAACUUGGUUCGAUGCUGCCCCAGAUUGAGCCAUUCAUACCAAAAAGGGAUCACAACCCGAAGGAGUUGAGAUCUUGGGCAAAGAGGACUGGCUUUGUCUCUACUUUCUCUGGUGAGACUACUACGAGUGUUAGUGAGAGGUAUGGGGCUGAGAAAGAUAAUAGUGGUGGGUUUGAUUUGGAGAGGGGUCGUGAUCAGAGAGGUGGGUCGUCGCCGAAGAUCGAGAUUGAUCCAAUUCUUGGGCGGACGAGGGCGAACCGGGGGUUUGAAAUUGAACCUGCUUCUGGGUCUGAAACCGGAGCUGUACAAAGGUUGCCGAGGGAUGAAAGUGAUGGGGCUUUGGGUUUAAGGAAUGGAACAGCUAGAGGUGAAAAUAAGAAGAGAAGAAUUGGGAUUGAACCUGUUUUAGGGCCUGCAGAUGAGGAGAGGAAAGUUAAUUUGAAUGGAAAUGGGAAUGGGAACGGAAUUGUAAAUGGGGAUGGGCAUCAAAUUCCUGUAGUCACUUCGGCUGCGGAGCCCAAGAAGGAAGACAGCAAAAGUGAAGAAGUAGGAAUUGAUGUUCCUCCAGAUUAUGAAGAGCCUCCUCCAGAAGGAUGGCGCGGAUCAUCGCAAAUGAAGUGUGGGUUGAGAGAAAACCCGGGUUUUGUACCACUUAUUUAUUACGGUUUGCAGCACUACUUGUCAUUGGCCGGUUCAAUUAUUUUCAUCCCCUUGGUCAUUGUACCAGCUAUGGGUGGAACUGAUAAGGACACUGCAACUGUGAUUUCUACAAUGCUAUUAGUGACUGGCAUUACAACAAUUCUACAAUCAUACUUUGGUACUCGGCUUCCAUUAGUUCAGGGGAGUUCGUUUGUAUAUUUGGCACCAGCAUUAGUUAUCAUUAAUUCUCAGGAAUAUCGAAACCUUACUGAACAUAAAUUUAGGCACAUAAUGAGAGAACUUCAAGGAGCUAUAAUUGUUGGUUCAAUUUUCCAAAGCAUUUUGGGAUUCAGUGGUCUCAUGUCUCUUAUUCUAAGGUUUAUAAACCCAGUUGUGGUUGCGCCAACCAUUGCUGGAGUAGGUUUAGCAUUUUUUACCUAUGGUUUUCCUCAAGCUGGUAGCUGUGUGGAGAUCAGCAUUCCCCAGAUACUGUUGGUUCUUAUUUUCACCCUGUACCUUCGAGGAAUAUCCAUCUCUGGACAUCGAAUAUUCCGGAUUUAUGCGGUUCCCCUGAGCAUUCUGAUUAUAUGGGCAUAUGCGUUCUUUUUGACUGCUGGUGGAGCAUAUAAUUAUAAGGGCUGCAGCCCUGACAUACCCAGCUCGAACAUCAUGGUUGAUGCAUGCCGAAAGCAUGCAUAUACUAUGAAACAUUGCAGGACUGAUGUUUCCAAUGCAUGGAGAACUGCUGCUUGGGUUAGAAUUCCUUAUCCUUUACAAUGGGGUGUCCCUAUCUUCCAUUUAAGGACCUCCAUUAUCAUGAUCAUUGUUUCGCUGGUUGCAUCAGUAGAUUCAGUUGGGACAUAUCACUCCACAUCACUGCUAGUUAAUUCAAAGCCUCCAACCCCAGGAAUUGUCAGCAGAGGAAUUGGUUUGGAAGGUUUCUGUAGUGUACUGGCUGGACUUUGGGGUUCUGGUACUGGCUCAACAACCUUGACUGAAAAUGUGCAUACUAUCAACAUAACAAAGAUGGCAAGCCGAAGGGCUGUGGAGCUUGGAGCAGCUUUCUUGAUCUUUCUUUCAUUCAUAGGAAAAGUGGGCGCCAUUCUUGCUUCUAUACCACAGGCCUUAGCCGCUUCUGUAUUGUGCUUCAUGUGGGCAUUGAUUGUGGCAUUGGGACUCUCAACUUUGCAAUAUAGUCAAGCUGCAAGUUUUAGAAACAUGACCAUAGUUGGUGUUUCUUUGUUCCUUGGUUUAUCAGUCCCAGCAUAUUUCCAACAGUAUCAGCUGUACACAAGCCUGAUACUUCCAAGCUAUUUUAUUCCUUAUGCAGCUGCUUCCAAUGGACCAGUCCACACCGGCAGUAAACAGCUUGAUUUUGCCUUUAAUGCCCUCUUGUCUAUGAACAUGGUGGUGACCCUACUGGUGGCACUUGUACUAGACAACACUGUCCCAGGCAGCCGACAAGAACGAGGAGUAUACAUAUGGUCAAGGGCUGAAGAGAUGGAAACUGAUCCAUCCUUUCUUGCAGAUUAUUCCUUGCCAAAAAAAAUUGCUCCAGCAUUUUGUAGGACAAAAUGUUUGGGUUCGUGAUAUUUUAGGAACAUGUGCAUGUGUUAGUGUGAAGUUGCUCUUUGAAAGGUCGGCCACGUAAGAUUGAGGACAGUGGAGCUCUAGGAAACUCUGAGUAUGAAUGGAGAGAAGGGAUACUUAUCCACGUACAAGUUUCUUAUAUUUCCAUACAAAAUAUUAAAUUUUUUUUAUUGUACUGAAUAACUAGUGCGAAUCUAUUUGUAAGUGAGAAACAAAACAGUGGUGAUCCCUGAUUAUAUGAAUAAUUAACAUGGUAUUUAAAAGAAA